AUGGCCUCUGUCCCCAGAGCUCAGGCCGCUCUCAGAGGCUCGGACAGCGGGACAGAGGCGGCUCAUCUCCGCCUCGUCCACACACUGAUGGAGGCUGAAAAGCUGCAUCGGUCUCAGAAACCUAGGAGACGUUUUGUUUACUUCCGGGUUGUCGGAGACGAAAACAAGAGGUGCACCCAGCCACCCACCGCCGAGCAAAGCGGAUUAAAGUCCCGCGUUGAUGGCGGGGAGGCCGAGGACGAGAUACCCGAGUCGGGGGCAGUGUUCACGUUUGGAAAGAGUAAAUUUUCUGACAACAUCCCGAGUAAAUUCUGGCUAAAAAAUGACGUCCCCUUGAAAAUAUCUUGCGGAGACGAGCACACGGCCUUAAUAACAGAAAAUAAGAAACUCUUCAUGUUCGGCAGCAACAACUGGGGCCAACUGGGCCUGGGCUCCAAACUCACUGUCAACAAGCCCACUUGUGUCAAAGCCUUGAAGUCAGAGAAAGUUCAUCUCGUGGCCUGUGGAAGGAACCACACACUGGUCUGCACAGCUCAGGGAAAAGUGUUGGCCUCAGGAGGGAACAGCGAGGGUCAGCUGGGCCUCGGCGACUGUGAGGAGAGGACCAGCUUCCAGAGACUGGAUUUCUUUGAUUCACUCGGACCAAUCAAGAUGCUGGCUGCUGGUUCAAACACCUCGGCUGCCCUCACCGCGAGCGGUAAACUGUUCAUGUGGGGCGAUAACACUGAAGGUCAGAUCGGUUUGGGGAAGGAGAGCCAGGCGUCCUCCCCACAGGAAGUCAGCGUGGGACGAGCCGUCCGCUGGGUGUCCUGUGGAUACUACCACUCUGCUUUAGUGACAGUGGACGGAGCUCUGUACACCUUCGGGGAGCGGGACAGCGGUAAACUGGGUCUGGGCACCGAGCAGCUGCCAGGACACCGAGUCCCUCAGAGGGUGAAGAGCAUCAAGGAGCCGGUGACACAGGUGGCCUGUGGGGGGGGGCACACGGUAGCCCUCACAGAGGAUGACGUGUACACGUUCGGCCUCGGUCAGUUCGGACAGCUCGGCCACGGGACGUUCAUCUUCGAGUCUCGGCUGCCGCGUCCCAUCGAGCACUUCAAGAAGGGCCGAGCCUGUCAGGUGACCUGUGGAGAGAACCACACAGCUGUGAUCACAGACGGGGGUUUGCUGUACACGUUUGGAGACGGCCGGCAUGGUAAACUGGGUCUGGGAGAAGAGAACUUCACCAACCAGUUCAAACCAACUCUGUGUCCACGCUUCCUCAAGUACAACGUUCAGGCAGCUUCGUGUGGUGGAUGUCACAUGGUGGUGUUGGCUCGGCCGAGGGACGGCGGCUGUGGUGACGUGACUCUGGAGGAGGACGACGUGAUAGAAGAUUAUGUGGAGAAACCCUACGUGGAGCUGCUGGGGGACACGGCCGACGCCUCCACCCUGCAGAGGAGCCUCUCUGCUCGGGUUCGCAGGAGGGAGAGGGAGCGAUCUCCAGACCAGUUUGGAGCCAUGUUCCGAACGCUGCCCGCCAUGACGCCCGGCCGCCUCCACCCGCCGCUACCCGUCUCCAGCCACACCAUCCCACCCAGACUGCCUCCGCCUGAGCUGAGCCACAGAAAGGUGCUCAACGGCACUCACCAACAUGGGAGCGCAGGGUCAAUCCACCAGGAGCAGGCAGGCGGCGAGACAGACAGCGUUGUGGAGAGCAUGAGUGACAGCGACAGCGUCAGAGGACUGGGAGAAACCACAGACUUCCUCAACAUGACACAUGUGAUGAGGAUGGAUCCCAGUGAUAAAACUCUCACUCUGUCUCCAGUUCAGAAGAGGAAGGGUGAGGAUGGUAAGGCCAUUAACAAGCAGAGCCAGAGAAAGGAGAGCAGUCUCUCUUCCACCUCACCGUCUGGUAAGAGUCAGACGGCGUCCUCCCGCCGGGCGUUACCCACAGAGCUCCUGAGGAGCCACAGCGCUCAGUCUCUGGCCUCACAGAGCCCACAGAGACUGAAGGAAAGCAGCCUGGACAAGGAGAACCUGAUCAUGGCUGUGGAGGAGCUGCAGAGGAGACCUGCUAAAAACAAACCUCUGAGUCUGGAGGACGUCAGGAAGGCUGCAUCCCAACGGCGUCCCAGGCCAGGUCAGGGUCAAAGUCAGCUGAUAGGGCUUGGCAGGGAGCCGGCAACAGAAGCUGAACAGAGUGAAGCUAGAAAGACAGUUUUAAGUAUCAGCUCUGGAGCAGCAGUGGGAAAAGUUCAGCAAGUAGAGUCUGAGCCUGUGAGGCGUAGAAGAAAAGCCAUAGUGGUCCAAAGUCAGCAUGCAGGAGUCAGGGCAGCAGAUAAACACAGUCCCACCAGCCUCCACCUGAGAGAGGACCUGGACCAGGAGAGCACGAGAGGGACAAACAGAAAGCCCCAAGCUACAGAGGACACGGACCUGUCAAAGAAAUCAAAGAAUGAGAAAAACAGGAAAGAGGCUCAGAGCAAAAGCCAGUCAGAGCGAAGCCAGAAGAAGUGGUCAGAGGUCAGUCUGCUCUCUGGAGCCGCCUCAGUCGCAGCAGGAUCACUUUUAAUCCAGGAAGUGGCAGCAAGGACAGAGAGCAGCCGGCCUGGAGGCAGAGACAGCGGGAGCUCAUUCAGGGACCAGCCCCCGGUCACCAUCAACAUCACUCCUGCUCCUGAAAGACCUGAACUCAGGACCAGUCUGGACCACAGCCAGGAGGACGAGGAGGAGGAGGAGGAGGACGAGGAGGAGGAGGAGGAGGACGACGACGAGGAGGAGGAGGAGGAGGACGAGGAGGAGGAGGAGGAGGAUGAGGAGGAGGAGGUUGGUCACGGGGCUGAGAAAGUAGCAGAGGAUGAAGAAGAAGAAGACGAGGACAAAGACAGUGACACUCUUCAUCCUAAAGAUCAGUCAGAAACUGAUGAAGAUGAGGAGGACGAGGAGGAGGAAGAGGAGGAGGAGGAGGAGGACGAGGACGAGGAGGAUGAGGAGGAGGUUGGUCACAGGGUUGAGAAAGUAGCAGAGGAUGAAGAAGAAGAAGAAGAAGACGAGGACAAAGACAGUGACACUCUUCAUCCUGAAGAUCAGUCAGAAACUGAUGAAGACGAGGAGGAGGAGGAGGACAGAACAAGUGGGGUGAAAGGAGGUGAAGAUGAGUGUGAAGAGAAAGAGAGCAAAGGAGGAGAUGUAGAAGGAGAGGAGGAGGAGGAAAGUGAGGAAGGGCUGAGUCAUGAUACAGAGAGCAAAGGAGGAGAAACAGAGGAGGAGGAGGAGGAGGGAAGUGUGGAAAGAGAGAGUGAGGAAGAGGAGGGUGGCAGUGAGACAGUGGAGUCCUCAGAGGAGAGAGAAGAGAGUGGAGUAAAGAGUGAGGAAGAAGAAGAGGAGGAG